UGAGAGACGGCGCCAUUAAAAUCCGUAUGACAUCUGAAAACAGAUGAAUCCGAGUUCUUAAUAAAGUAAUGGGAAAUGUUUAUCUGAUUAUAGUUUAAUCAAGUUCUUUUAUUUAAAUUAUUCGUAAAUAAAUAUAAAUAUAACAGUUUAUUUGCCAAUGAACAAGCGGUUCAUCAUUUUAUGUGGAAUUUUUUAAAUAUCAAAACAUUAGCUGUUAUGUCACUAAAUACUAUUAAAAGUCGUCUUCGAGGUGCAGUGCCAAACGAUAAUACCUCUGUUGACAUUAAACCAGUGAUAAAACGAACUCGCAGAGCUCAUUUAACUAUUGAAGAUGAAAAAGUGUAUAAAGUAGAAGUGAAAGUUGAACCUAACAAAAGAAUCAAGGAAGAAAUUCAAAAGAUAUCAACAGAGGAAAUUAACAAAUCUGAAUCAUGGACUCCUGCCAAUUUCAAUACAAUUUAUGAUAAUAUAAAAACUAUGAGAACCUGGGUUGAAGCUCCAGUUGACACGAUGGAAGGUAAUACAGCAGAGAAACCGAAAGGACCAAAUGAAAGAUUCCUUGUUUUAUUUAGUCUCAUGAUAUCUUCUCGUACUAAAGAUACUUUGAACAUUUCCAAAAUGAAAGAAUUAAAAGCGAAGGGUUUGAGCUUGCAAUAUGUUCUAAACAAAUCAGUGGACGAACUAGCACAAGAAAUCAAACCUGUCAAUUAUUACAAUAACAAAGCUAAAUUUAUCAAAAAAACUGCUGAAAUAUUAGCUGAGAAAUUUAAUGGUGAUAUACCUAAAACUAUUGAAGAGUUGAAAUCAUUACCUGGAGUUGGACCCAAAAUGAGUUACCUUUGCUUGCAAUCUGCUUGGAAUAUUACAGCAGGAAUUGGUGUUGAUACUCAUGUCCAUAGACUAUCCAAUCUAUUCAAGUGGGUUCGUAAACCAACCAAAGAUCCAGAAGAUACUAGGAAGGAUUUGCAAUCUUGGUUGCCCAUUGAAUUAUGGGAUGAAUUAAAUCACCAUUUGGUCGGUUUCGGUCAAACUAUCUGCUCGCCCUACAAACCAAGAUGCGAAGAAUGUCUCAACAACAAAAUAUGUCCUGGAGCUUUCAAAUACAGAACUAAAAAGUCGAAAGAAACUCCAUGAACAGUACACAUCCAUUUUUCAUUCUCAUCUUUUCCCAAUAAUGUUGAAGAUAUUUUGGAUUUUAUCUUUUUUAAAUAUUUUUUUAAUCUGUUUUCAUUACAUUUAAUUUGCAUUCAGUGAAACCAAUUUCAUAUUGAAAAAACUUUUCAUAAACGCAACAAAUCUUACUUCUAAUUAGCUGAUCUUAAAUAUUAUAAACUAUGAUAAUGUUGUUUCUUCAAAUUUGAAACGCAUGUAUCAUUCAUCUGUGAAGAAAUAAAAGUUAAAUAUUAAUAUUACAUUUUGAA